GAAAACGAGAUAAGGACAGGAGGAGGAGAUUUAAACACUUCAUUGCGUUGGAUUUGUUUGGGUUCUACUGAAGAGGAAAGCGCAGUCGAUGAUGGAACUCGCAAAGAAAUGCCCUUUUUUGAAGCGAGUUCCUUCAUCAUUUCUCCGGAAAUCUGGGCCAUCUAUAAUCGCUUAUGCCGAGAAAUGUCCUGUGAUGUCUCAGGUUCUAACGUCCAAGGUCGCUAGCCCAAAGCUGCCUGAAGAAGGUGUCAAAACAUCUGGCAAAGCAACUGAAAAUGGCAAAGAGUGCCCAUUUAAGUCAACAUAUACUGGUAAACCAUUGAUAAAUCCAGAAAUAGCUGUAUCAUCAAAUGAUCCAAAUAUUAAGCCUGGAAAUGCUGGUCAUGCAGAUGGGAAAGAUGCCAGGACAUGUCCAUUUAAAAGUGGAAAAUAUGUGCUUAAAAGCUUGGAUGACGUCGAAAAUGCAUUUGAUGGCAAAAAGAAUGUUGUAGAGAAUGAAACCAAGAGUUUGGACAGGGUAGAUAAACAAGCUAAACAAGAUUCGAAUGGAUUUGGGUAUCUUGCAUCCCAUUUUAAUUACAAUGCAUUCUUUAAUGAGAAGAUUAAAGAGAAAAAGGAUGACCACUCCUACAGAAUUUUCAAGAAAGUAAAUCGCCUUGCUACUCAGUUUCCUUAUGCAGAUGACUUCAGUUCAAAGGAAACAAAAAAGGUUGCAGUCUGGUGCAGCAACGAUUACCUUGGCAUGAGCCGGCACCCAGAUGUUGUCCAGUCUGCCAGGGAUGUUAUCAAUAAUCAUGGUGUUGGUGCAGGGGGCACUCGAAACAUCUCAGGCACCAGUUUAUUCCAUAAUGCCCUCGAGAGGUCUUUAGCUGACUGGCACAACAAGGAAUCAGCACUUCUGUUUACAUCCUGCUAUGUUGCCAACGAUACUACCUUGUUUACUAUUGGCAGUAUGAUGCCUGGAUGUAUUAUCUUCUCAGAUGAGGGAAACCAUGCCUCUAUGAUACAUGGUAUUAGAACAAGCAAAGCAGAGAAACAAAUAUAUAAGCACAACGAUCCCGCCUCGCUUGAAGACCUUUUGAAGAAAGCCGAUCCGAAGGCACCAAAAAUUGUUGCAUUUGAAAGUGUGCAUUCCAUGUCUGGCUCUGUUUGCCCUGUGGAGGAGCUUUGUGAUGUUGCUCACAAGUAUGGUGCCCUGACCUUCGUGGAUGAGGUCCAUGCCGUCGGGUUGUAUGGAGAACGUGGUGCAGGAAUCGGUGAACGUGACUGUGUGUUGGACAAGAUGGACAUCAUAAGCGGGACACUUGGAAAGGCCGUUGGAGUUAUUGGCGGAUAUAUUGCCGGAAGCGCCGCACUAGUCGAUACUAUCAGAAGUUAUGGAUCAGGGUUCAUUUUUACCACUGCGUUGCCGCCAGACAAGGCCGCCGCUGCUUUGACCUCUCUUCAAAUCCUAAAGUCUGCAGAAGGAGUGGAACUCAGAGAACGUCAUCAAAAGGCCGUUGCUACAGUUAGAAAUCAGCUUCUUCGGCGUGGCCUUCCGGUUUGCUUCGCACCAAGUCAUAUCAUUCCAGUUGCUGUAGGGGACCCAGACCUUUGUACAUACGUCUCAAACGCGCUCCAAGACAAGCACAACAUUUACAUACAAGCAAUCAAUUACCCUACUGUGCCACGUGGCAGUGAGAAGCUGCGAAUUGCUCCAACCCCGUGGCAUAGCAUGGCUCUUAUCGGUGAACUUGUUGAAUCUUUGGAUGAAGUUUGGCAAGAAGCUGGCCUUCCCAAGUUGCAUCCAGUUUGUACUGACAGCUGCGAUUGCCGAAUGUAUUGCAAAGAGAAUAUGGAAGCUACUAACAGAAUGCCGAUCACAGUCAUGUCUUGAGAAACACGACUUUUAGAUAACUCUUAAUCAAUGUCUUGGGAAACAUGACUUUUAGAUAACUCUUGAUCAUUGCAAUGUAUUACUUGUAGCAGUGCUUAAUAUGGAAUUCCAUUUUUCGUGCAUUUCUCAUAACCAUGAUAAUUAUGUUUUCUGGCUUAUUUUUAUGCUUGCUUCACGUUUGAAAAUGUUUAGUAAUAUUGUGUUUUAAAAAAACAGCCAAAAAGCAUCUAUCCGUGUUUUCCGUUUGGAGCUGGAAACACUACUAAAGAUUAUAAAACUAAUCUUAAAAUCUUCGGCUCGUUUGUUAAACCAGAUUUUUUAUUGAAAUAGCACCUGUAGAGAUAAGGAUCUACGCCCUCUAUUGUUUUCUCCAGUACAUUUCAAAACUGAGCGGGCGUUUUUUCGUGUACAUCUUGUCACUAUCCAACUAAAAUUUUCUCACGUGCUAUUCUCUUUACAUGACGUGUCUAGAUGUCACUUGAUAAGUAGCCUCCUUGCCGUGAUUCUUUAUAUGUCAAUGUCUGGAUCUGGGAAUUUGCAGGAUGUUGUCCACUGAAUCCUUUCGAAUUUCCAAACCUAUCGUUGCCGGAAAAUUACUUGAACCUACAGUGCCUUCUUUGAAUUGAGAGAAUGCAUUCCUUGUUAGUAAAAGUUUUAUGAGAUGAAUCUCCUUUUUGGAGAAAUCGACGUUGAAUUGAUGUGAUAAUGUUGGGAGAUUUUGCCAUUGCGCACAAGCCCUGUUCUUUUAUAGGAGAUUUUUGAAACAAAAUUCACACAUUUUGAAAUCUCCUCUUUAGACAAUGACAAUUAACUGGUGUUGACAUUAAGUAUAUAUGCUUAAACUAGGGCCAAGGGUGCUAAGGGUUUAAUUUUAUUUUUGUAUUUAUUAUUUAUUUCACAACCUGGUAUAUGCUUUAGUUUUCUAGGUAGAGGUUAUUUGAAUGCUGAAGUUUUGCUUAGAAUUUCAAUUCAGAAAAAUUACACGUACCACCAUCAUAAAAUUUACAUUAUGUGAACAAAAUUAAUUUAAUUAAUUAAUUAAUUAAUUUUGGGCGUUGGUA